AUCCCUGCGUCAGAUGAUGCGCAGGGCGCCCUCCCUAUAAAAGCACCUGCGUGGAACUCAAGACUGCGUGCAAACCGCACUUGAUCUGACGUUGCUUCUCCCGCACUCUCGGACACCGUCAAGUUUACAAGAAAACAUGAGUUACUCCAGCGAUAUGUACAGUAGCAGUUCCUAUCGGAAGAUUUUCGGCGAUGCCCCGCGGUCCGGCCGCGCUGGCGUGGGCAGCAGCAGCCCGUCCCGCGUGCAUUCCUCGGGGUACCGCAGCCGCACUUACGGGUCGCCCUCGGUCAUCUCUUCCAGCAGCUACCGCAGGACCGCCGCCCCCGGUCGCGCGUUCUCCUCCAUGCAGGACUCCCUGAUGGACCUGAGUCAGUCCACGGCGGUCACCAACGAGCUUAAAAUCAUCCGAACCAACGAGAAGGAACAACUGCAAGGUCUCAACGACCGCUUCGUGUCCUUCAUAGAAAAGGUGCACAACCUAGAGCAGCAGAACAAAGUUCUCGAGGCCGAGGUGACGUUGCUGCGGCAGCGCAACAACGAGCCGUCUCGACUGCACGAGCUCUAUGAGCAGGAGAUCCGCGAGCUUAGAGCGCGAGUUGAGGAGCUGACCCACGAGAAGAGCCAGAUGCACCUGGACUGCGUGCAGAUGAACGAGGCUCUGGAGCGCCUGCGGGAGAAGCUGGACGAGGAGACUAGGCUGAGAGAAGAGGCGGAGAACACCCUGAAGGGCUACCGCAAGGAUGUGGACGACGCCACCUUGGCCCGCCUGGAGCUCGAGAAGAAAGUGGAAUCGCUGCUGGAUGAGAUCGCGUUUCUCAGGAAAGUUCACGAGGAGGAGCUGCAGGAGUUGCAGUCAUCCCUGCAGGCCACGCAGGUGUCAGUCGAAAUGGACAUGAGCAAACCAGACUUGGCUGCAGCCCUGAAGGACAUCAGGGCCCAGUAUGAGAACCUGUCAUGCAGGAACCAGGCCCAAGCGGAGGAAUGGUACCGUUCGAAGUUUGCGACGGUGACCGAGGCGGCGGCUCGCAACCAGGACGCCAUCAAGCACUCCAAGGAGGAGCUGACCGAGUACCGCAGGCAGGUGCAAGCCCGCACCCUGGAGAUUGAGGCCCUCAGGGGCCACAAUGAGGCUCUGGAGCGGCAGAUUGCUGAGAUGGAGGAUCGCCAUAACAAUGAAAUUGGAGACAUGCAGGAUACCAUUCAGCAGCUGGAGGCUGCACUGCGCAGCACCAAAGGAGAAAUGUCCCGUCACUUGCGGGAAUAUCAGGAUUUGCUCAAUGUCAAAAUGGCACUUGACAUUGAAAUAGCUGCUUACAGGAAACUGCUGGAAGGUGAAGAGUGCCGCCUCAGCACUGUCGGUGGUGCCAUGGUGCAGUCCGGUUACCCAGGCUUCUCCUAUAUGCCAUCCCGCACCUACUCCAUGGGAGCCUACAGGAAGUCCAAGCCGGAGGAAGAGGAAGAGGAAGGAGAAGAAGAGGACAAGGAGGAUGAAGAGAAUGAGGAGGAGGAGGAAGAUGAAGGAGACGACCAGGAGGGUGGUAAGGAGGAAGAGGAAGAGGAGGAAGAAGAAGAAGAGGAGGUGAAGCAAAAAGGGAAGGAUGAGAAGGAGAAGGAGAAGAAGAAGGAAAGUCCCACUGAGAAGAGCAACAAGAACUAAACUGCUUGUGUUACUUGAUCAUCAUCAUCACCAUCACCAUUUCUCAUUGUUCCUGCUUAUAAGAUGUACUGAGACAACCAAUUACACACAUGUGCACACAAACUUAUACAUUACAUAUUUUUUUCCCUCUAUCAAAGCAAUUAAUGUGCCAAUCACGACAAAUAAGAAUAGUUCAGCCCAUGAAGUAACAGCACAUAUUAGCACACAGACAUGAAGACAAAUGCACAACGCAUGACACAAACAGCCAGUCCAACUUUUACGGUGCUAUGUGAUUUUUAAAGGUAAAAGUUGGCAGACUUUUUUUGGUUGUUAAUUAUAGCACUACCAGCUCGAAUGUUAAUAUUAGCUUGUCAUACUGGGCUGGAAAGGAGAAUGAAUGACUUCCAUUUCAGUCCAACCUUGUGUGAACCAUUCAUCAAUCAUCCAUAUCCCUUCACCUUCGCAUUGCAAUGUCAGAUCGCAGCAAUAAUGGCAACUCAUAAAGUAUAGUAGUGUGUUGAGAUAAUGUUAUUUGCUUAAAUAAAGAAACGAGCUCCCUCUGUGUUUAAAAAUGAAAACGAGUGAAACACAAACAGCUUAAAAUUGAUCAUUACGUUUUUUUUCUCUCGUUUUUUUUUUAAGUACAAUCUGUCCCGUCCUUUGAUUUAUUUCUUCUGUGUUUCUGUUGUUGCUUUUUUGUGAGAACCAACCAUGUUUUAUUUUCUUUUCUUUUUUUUUUUCAAACACCUUAUUUUAUUUGAAUGUAGCAUGUGAGCAUGGCUGAGUGGCAGGCAGCUGACAGUGACACCGAUGGCCCUCCACUCAGACUGCAACUGGCAGGUUGUUCAUGAUGAGUGCAUGAAUCAUACAAGGGCUAUUUUCACCCCGACCUCUUGUUUUACUUUUUUGUUUUGUUUUUGUUUUCUACUUAGAACGCCAACUUACGGCAUUCAUCAUUUCCCACACUUUCCCACCCCUUCGUUCUCUUUGACAAAUGAAUGAAACGAGAGGCACUAAUGCAUGGCCUGACUCUCAGAGCUUGAAUAGUAUACUUGUGGUUGGAAAUCAUGAUUUGCUUGUUGUGGUUUCAAUUUAAACUUGCCUUAACCAUAACUGAAGCUAUAAAAUACAACAUGUUCUCUCCUGUGUCAGAUUUAAUGCUGGGGUAGCAGAGGUAUAAAACCACGUUCCCAUUUGAUCUGCUUGGUACAUACCUGACUGUACAUGCUGCAAGCUAAAUGCAGUGAUUUUCUCCCAAAGCCAAAUAAAGUCAUUUAUU